CUAUCAGCUGGCAUAUCCCACACUAUCAGCAAAGCUAUGGAGGUCCUGCAACUGAGUCUCCGACACUCGCCCUGGAAGGCGCUGUCCAAGGAGGACUUGGAGAAGCAAUAUUCCCCCAGCAGAUGGUCCCACCGAUUGAAUGCUGAAGAGGUGAUAAAAGCUCAUGUUCAAGUGGGAACAGAAGUUACCAAGGAAGUCCGGGCAAGCAAAAAGAAUAUACUUGGUGUCAGUUAUGGAGCAGGUGAUGGUGAGAAACUGGACAUCUAUUUCCCUGCCAAGACAUCUAAAGAGUUACCUUUUUUCCUGUUUAUUCAUGGAGGAUAUUGGCAAGAAGGAAGUAAGGACUAUUCAGCCUUUAUGGUGCCCCCAUUGAUAGCAGCAGGAGUAGCAGUGGCUGUAGUGGCUUAUGACAUUGCUCCCAAAGGUAAUAUAGAUCUGAUGGUGAGCCAAAUAAGGCGCAGUGUUCUCUUCAUCCAGAAGCAGUACUCAUUCAAUAGGGGAAUUUACUUAUGUGGACAUUCAGCUGGAGCUCACUUGGUCUCCAUGGUACUUUUGACAGACUGGACUUUAUAUGAAGUAAUUCCUAACAUUAAAGGCUCUUACUUGGUGAGUGGGAUCUAUGACCUGGAACCCAUUGUGCAUAGUUAUAUCAACGACAAACUUCAAAUGACCUUGGAAGAUGCCCAAAGGAAUAGUCCCAUGUUUUGCCAGAAAGAGGCCCAGAGUCAAGUGACUUCAACUUGUGACUUAAUAAUAGCCGUGGGCCAACAUGAUUCUCCUGAGUUCCAUCAACAAUCCUUGGAUUAUUUUCAGGUUCUACGUUUACAUGGUUGGAGAGUUUCAUUUAUAGAAAUCUCCAAUGUGGAUCAUUUUGACAUCAUUGAGAAACUGAUGCAGAAUGAAUAUAUACUGACUCAGGUUAUUUUGAGGACAAUUUUCCAGUAAUAAGAGAAUCCAGAGCCUCACCAUGUCUACCAUCACUUGGAGAAGAUUAAAGAACAGAAAGAUGCUUCCUUUCUUUUUUCUAUUCUAAGAAGAUUAGUCUUAGACCAUUCAAAAAUCUGUACAAAAACUCUGUACAAAAAGCUUUGGUUUUUAACCUUCCCUUAUGGAGAGAUUGUAUCUCUGUGCUUGCUCUCAUAACCACUAAUAAAAUCUUUUAACUUGA